GAAGCAGAAGAAGAAGAAGAAAAAGAAGGAGAAGAAGGAGGCAGCUGAUGGUGACAUAUCAGAGCAGGUUCUAUGCUCCAGUUAAGGACUUCUGAGGAAGAAGAAAGCAGUUGUGAAAUUUCCCAGCUCAGACAGGCAGUGUUACAAAACAAUGACAGACUCCUUGAUGAGAUGCUCUGCCAAGAAAUCUACAAGAAGGUCAUCAACUGCAGAGGUGGCUGGGGCAUCGCAGGCACACCUCUGCAUGCCGCCGUGUCUAAAGGCCACCUCAGCUGCCUGCAGGUGCUGCUAGCCCACGGAGCCCUCGUGGACUGUGUGGACGUCAAGGCCCAGACGCCUCUUUUCGCAGCCGUUCGCGGGAAAUACCUGGACUGUGUCUUAACUCUCCUCAGAGCCGGCGCCAACCCCAACGGCAGCUCAUCCAACAACGGCUCCCCAGUCCUCACCGCCGCGCGGGAGGGAGACGUGGAGAUACUGAAGCAGCUGCUCAAACACGGCGCCGAGGUGAACUCGCGCUCCAAAGUCUUACUGUGGACCUCCAGCGCCAGAGUGUCCAGCGGGCCGCUGUACCUGGCUGCUGUGUACGGACACAUGGAGUGUUUCAAACUGCUGCUCCUCUACGGGGCGGAUCCGGAUUACAACUGCGUGGAUGCAAAGCUGCUCACGUCUAUCAAGCAGCCCAAAACUGUGCUGGAGAUGUGCCUGAUGCACGGCUGCGGCGUGGAGUACAUCCAGCUUCUGAUCGACUUUGGUGCAAACGUCUACCUCCCUACGCUGAUCAUCGAGAAGUCCACGAAGCAGAACGAGGCUGUGGAGCUGCUUCUGCGGGAAAGAGGAAAUCCAAAAGCCUUGACUUCACAGUGCCGACUUGCUGUGCGACGAUACCUCAGAAAGAUCGACAAGAUCCACUGUAUCGAGCAGCUGGAAAUGCCAACAAGUCUCAUUAACUUCUUGCAAUACAAACCACUCCCCGUCACUGUUUUGUAGAUAAGCAAAUUAUUUUAUGACAUUUUUAUUUCAGCUGGAGUGUUUGGUUUAUUUGCAGACUGUGGGUUUGUCACCUUUGUCUUUGUUUUUUGUUUUUUAAUUGGCUUCUGUCUGACCAUGUGCUGUUCUGUUGAGGCUGAUUCUUCAGUCAAAAGAUUAAAUGUAUGAACGAGUA